GGACCUUGGUUACAACCUCUUUCAGGCGCGUCUCCUCACUUUCGUCUCGACCCUCACAGCCUUGUCGUCCCUCAAAGACCUGUUCCUUCACUAUAACUGGUUCAUCGGCUCUAUCCCAUCGUCACUCUUCGCCCUACCGUCUCUCACAGGCCUGCAUCUUCUCCAACUACCUCACGGGCACCAUCCCUCCCAUCCCCUCAUCCCUCGUGGGCCUAGACGUUGCUUACAACUUCCUCUCCGGCUCCCUCCCUCCUCACUCCCUCAAAUUCUGCGCCGCCGAGAACAACUGCUUCUCCUCCUCCUCCCCCUCCUCCUCGUGCAAUUUCUACGGAACGAAGCAGAGGGCUGCAGCGGAGUGUACAGUGUGUGGGAUGGGUGAUGCGGCAGCAGGGAAUGUGUGCUGGGACGGUGUGUGCACAGCAGACGCUGCAGCAGUGGCGUCUCAAGGCAUUCCCAACGGACCCACACGGCCCACUCUUGCCAUGUCUUGCGUAGCGUGUGUGCAGCGUGUGUGCAGCGUGUGUGCAGCGUGUGUGCAGCGUGUGUGCAGCGUAUCAGACCACGCGCCCGGCUCUUCCCAUGACCUUGCUGGUGCACGUUCAGAACAACCAUUCACAAAGCUAUGA